AUGGAACUAAAAAAUAAACAAAUCUUACUUUUUAGAAUUGCUUUUUUUCUUGUUGUAUCAUGGAUAUGCCUUUGUAACAAUGAUUUGAGUAUAUUCAACUAUUAUUUAGGUGAGAACUACAAUAUUUGUAAAAAAAUAUAUGCGAGAAAUAGUCGAAUACUAGGAAAUUAUAAGAAGAAUAAGGAUUCAAAUAUUAUAGUUUUAAAAGAAGACGUACAAAAUAAUGAAGAAUAUGAAAAAAAGGAUGUGCAUAAUAAAGAAAAAACAAAAAACUCAUAUAGAUUUUCAUUAAAUAAAGAGCGAUACUAUACAGAAAUUAUGGAUUAUAAUUCUAGUAUGUUUGAUGGAAAAUAUUUUCAUUUUGAAAAGAAAUGGAUUAAAAAAAAAGAUUAUGAUAAUUUUGUUGAAAGAAAUGGAAGAAUUUGUGAUAUAGCUUUAAAAAAAAGAAAGUUUAGAAGUUAUGGAUUCGGAAUUGUUUUAUUCUUUCUUUUUUUUUUAGUGGGAAUAGGGUUACCCAUAUUGCGCGUUUUUGACUUCGUUGAGGAUUCAAAUUUUACACCUUUUAAGACUCUUUGGAAAUUUAUAUAUGAAGACACAGGUCUAAAAUCAAUUAUAGAAGGAACAGAUUCACAAGCAGUAGCAGGAGAAGUAGCAGGAGUACAAUAUUUUUACCUAGUAACAUUUGUCGCACUUAUCAUUAUAUUAGCUAUCUUGCUCAUCGUUGCGAUUCCUAAAAUAUUACGAAAUAAUGAAAAAUAUAAAAAAAUUAAGUACAUUUCUGAAUGA